AUGUCAAGGGCUCCCAGUCCUCCAACUCUGGCAGAAAUGUCGAGAGGCCCUGUAGCUGAGAGCUGGUGCCACACUGAGAUCAAGGUAGUGAAAUUCUCCCACAUGUGGACCAUCGGUAACUUUAGCUUUUGCCGGCAGGAAGUGGGUGAAGUCAUUCAAAGUUCAACCUUUUCAUCAGAAGCCAAUGAUGAACUGAAAUGGUGUUUGAGAGUAUACCCAAAAGGGGUAGGUGAAGAAAGCAAAGAUUACCUGUCACUUUACCUGAUACUGCUCAGCUGUCCAAAGAGUGAAUUUUGGGCAAAAUUCAAAUUCUCCAUCCUGAAUUCCAAGGGAGAAGUAACCAAAGCAGUAAAGAGUCAGGGAGCAUAUAGCUUUGUACAAGGCAAAGACUGGGGAUUCAAGAAAUUCAUCCGUAGAGAUGUUCUUUUGGAUGAAGACAACAGUCUUCUCCCUGAUGACAAGCUGACCCUCCUCUGUGAGGUGAGUGUGGUGCAAGAUUCCGCAAUGGAGGAGAGCAAAAAGAAUCGGGUUGAAAUCAUUGACAUGGAGCCUGGAGUUUUUAAGGAAAUGAUGUGCUUCAUUUACACGGGGAAGGCUCCGAACCUGGACAAAAUGGCUGAUGGUUUGCUGGCCGCUGCUGACAAGUAUGCCCUGGAGCGUUUGAAGGUCCUGUGUGAGGAAGCCCUCAGCAGACAGCUCUGUGAGGAGAACGCUGCAGAAAUGCUCACCUUGGCUGACCUCCACAGCGCAGAUCAACUGAAAACUCAGGCAGUGGAUUUCAUCAACUCUCAUGCUGAGGGUGUCUUGGAGACCUCGGGGUGGCAGGCAAUGGUGACAUCCCAUCCCCACUUGGUGGCUGAGGUGAACUGCUCUCUGGCUUCAGUACAGGGCCCCUGUCUGGGACCCCCACACAAGCGCCUGAAGCAGUCCUGA